GGUUACCGAUGCUGCGAAGAGACCGACCGAGGAGCGAGGGCACUGAUUUACUGCACUAAAUAGAAAAGGCGUUGCUGCUUCAUUCUCUGUCUCUGAUAUCUGCGGUGGGAGACGGCCUUGCCUUUCCCAAGCGUGUGUUUUGGUCUUUGCCGUUCUAUGUGUCCUGCUUCGGGUAUAAGAUGAGUGAAAGAGAUCUUCAAGGACUUAUUACAACUCAAAGAAAUAGCAACAUAGACAAUUUGGUUGUCUGUAUGAAAAAUGGGCUUAAAAGUUCAAAGUACAAACCUGUUGAUUAUGAAGAACUCUAUGCAAUUACUGAAGCAAAGAAAUUACAGUCUGCUAACAUCCUUUUAAAGAUUAAAAAAUUACAGCAUGCCUCAAAAAUUAAUAAGGAACACAUGCUACUGAAACGUCAUCGCCAAGUAUGGUGGAAAGAGCACAAAAGAUUGCACGAAAACAGGCAGAAGUUAGAAUCUGAAAUUCAAACAUUCUUUGAUGAAGAAAAUGAAUGUUUUUUCAACUUGUGGGAUUUGCGAUAUAAAUUAACAAAAGGCUUGGAUACAUUUCAAGCAAACACAGUGCAACCUGUCUGGCAGCUAAGGGAAGAUUUAAGGUACAGAUUAUUAGAAAUGCAAACCAACAGCAAAAGUGUGGAAUAUCCAUUUAAUCCAGAUGCUGUAUUAGAAGAGAUAGAGUUUGUGAAGAAACAACAGAAAGCAAUUUUGGGAAAGCUUCAUCUGGAGAGAAUAGCUUUGGAAAAGGAACUCGAGGAAUUUAUAGAUAAAGCCCUGACAUGUACUUUAGAGGAAAGGACCACAUUUGUACCUGAGCUUCCACCACAGUUAUUGGAGCUGGAGUGCCCAUAUCCUGAUCUGAAGGCUUCUGUGCUUACUGAAUUUUAUAAACUUGCAGAUGACUAUUCCUUGAAGAUCCAAGAAGCUGAUCAAGAAUUAAAAACCAUAGAGAGCCGUUUCCAGUGGAGUAAAGAAGAUCUUUGGGCAUAUCAGGUCAUCACUGGUCAGUAUCCAAGUGACAUGCAAGGUAGAAGAACGCUCUAUUUGGAUAUGCUUCAAAAACUUCUACCUCACAAAUCCAGACAAAGCCUUAUUGCUCAUGAAAAAUCUUGGGACCACUAUUAUUUUACCAGAAACCAAUUGAGAGUUCUGAUGUUCAACUGGGUCCAAGCUAGGAAAACAUUCUUAGUGAAGGCGGUGAUGACUCUCGCAGAAGCUUGCACUGCUUAUGAGACUGAAAUGAUGGUGGCUAAUAAUAGAAGAAAACAGCAGGAAAUAUGUGCUAAUCUGAAAGAGAAGGUGCUGUUGUGGCGUGCUCAGCAAGAGGAGGCUGCCCGUCUGGAAGCUGCAAUUGCCGCCGGAAGAAAAGAAGAAGAAGAUGAAAAGGAGAAGUUUCGGAAAGAAAAAGAAUGCCUUCAAAGAGCGGAGGAUAAAGAAAAAGUGAAAAAAUUUUGGGCUGAAAAACAGCGUAAGUGGCAAGAAAAGGAAGCAAAAGACCUCCUGCGUUUGGCAGAAUUUAAGAAAUUAAUGGCUGAGCAGAUCGUUAAAGACAAAGAGAGAGUUCAGUUUAGGCAAAAGCUGUUGGAAAAGCGUUUGAUGGAGAAAAAAGUAGCAAUCCUCAAGGAAAUCCAGGAAGAAGAAGAAAGGAAGAAGCGCCUUGAUGCUCUCAGAAAACAGGUUGCUAUCGUGGCAGAAAUUGAUCCUGCUCGGAUGGUGGCCGAUACAGUAGCCUCUAAAGCACGGAUGGGUAUUGGAAUUGAAGAAGAAUUUAUUCCACAGAAACCUCUGUUUGUGUUGCAUACCUUCAGUGAUGAGCAGAUAAUUUCUGAUACCCGGGUUCGUAUUGAGUUGGCUCUCCGAGAAGCUGGACUUCAUAGCACAGCUUAUGCUCAAGAGCUCUUACCUAAAAUCCCUCCACCUAAACUUCCAAGGAGAGACAUGGUCUCCACAAUUUUUAAAGUAUAGAGCUUUGCAACAUAGUCAAAUCCUUUAAUUUUUUUUAAAAAAACUUUUCCUAACCAAUAAGAAUGCAUAAAUAAACUAUUAUAAUUAAAAAACUAAGAUGGA